AGGACUUGCUCAUGGUUGCCAUGGCCUCUGAUGCUACCAACAGCAGACCAGCCCUGCAGUCCAGGGUGGUGCUUCAACAGUGUCUGUCUGCCAGACUCAUGAUUCAACCAGCCUCUGAAGGGAAGGAAGCCGAAUAUAUUGAGCGUGGAAUGGUGGUCUAUGUGUGUUACCUACAAGGUUCGGCUGAAGAAAUAAUAAGCGAAAUUGCAAGUUCAAUACUUAAUGCUCGACUAAGCGAGACAGACACUGGUCGCCUGGUAUCCAUUCUAGAUCUUCAUGGAGAUAUUCUCAUCAUUCCACAAGCCACACUGGGUGGCAACCUCAAGUGUAAAGGCAUGCAGUAUCACAGGAACAGUGACAAAGAAGACGGUUUAAAAAACUGUAUAAUAAGUGUGUUGCAUUGUUGGAAGGAACAGUUCAAAAUUCGACUGCAAAGUGCAAUAAAAACAUCUGUGAAGUACGGGACAUACGGCAAUAGACUAGUGUUUUCCAUGGAAACUAAUGGUCAAUAUACUCGUUAUUUAGAGUUUUGAUGCGCAAUAAAUCAUGAUAUUAUGUUAUUGUGUUUGUCUCGGGAGUAGCUUACGGGUAAGUUGUAUUUGGUUUUCUUACACAGUUUUAAAUGUAACAACACUAGUAGGCCAGACCGUUGUCAGACAUGCUUUUAUUAUUAUACAUAAAUAUUCACCUGGUGGCCUGCUUGGGUAAUACCAGUAUACUUCUGUUUUGUUUGAGCAUCAUAAUACCCUACAAGUGAUAAAGAUGAU